AGCCCUGGGCUGAGCGGCCGGCCAGGCGGGCGCCAUGGAGCAGUGGCGGCAGUGCGGCCGCUGGCUCAUCGACUGCAAGGUCCUGCCGCCCAACCACCGGGUGGUGUGGCCCUCGGCCGUGGUCUUCGACCUGGCGCAGGCGCUGCGCGACGGCGUCCUCCUGUGCCAGCUGCUGCACAACCUGUCCCCCGGCUCCAUCGACCUCAAGGACAUCAACUUUCGGCCGCAGAUGUCCCAGUUCCUGUGUCUGAAGAACAUACGCACCUUCCUUAAAGUCUGCCACGAUAAGUUUGGGUUAAGGAACAGCGAGCUGUUUGACCCCUUCGACCUCUUCGAUGUCCGAGACUUCGGGAAGGUCAUCUCUGCGGUGUCCAGACUGUCCCUGCACAAUGUGGCCCAGAACAAAGGGAUCAGGCCUUUCCCCUCCGAGGAGACCGCAGAAAAUGACGACGACGUCUACCGCAGCCUGGAGGAGCUGGCUGACGAGCAUGACCUGGGGGAGGACAUCUACGACUGCGUGCCAUGCGAGGACGACGGUGACGACAUCUACGAGGACAUCAUCAAGGUGGAGGUGCAGCAGCCCAUGAAAAUGGGCAUGACCGAGGAUGACAAGAGAAACUGCUGCUUGCUGGAGAUUCAGGAGACGGAGGCCAAGUACUACCGGACCCUGGAGGACAUCGAGAAGAACUACAUGGUCCCCCUGAGGCUGGUGCUGAGCCCCGCGGACAUGGCGGCCAUCUUCAUCAACCUGGAGGUAUGGGUGCCAGCCCCGCUUACCACGUGCUGCUGCACUCCACUGUGCCCAGGGCCCCAGAGAGCUGUGUCCCUGCCAGGGGCUCGGUCGGUCCUGGCUGAAGAGAGUUUUCAUGCCUGCCAGGUGGGAAGAGAGCAGCCCGCCUCCCUCUGGGGGCCCGAGGCCCCAAGUCCACUGCAGAGAGACAUCAUCCCUCACGGCCCAGAACCCCAGACCGCCGACGUCCCAGAGCCUGCCCAGGCGCCCCUAAGCCUGCAUGUGUGUGUGUGUGUGUGUGUGUGCGCGUGUGUGCGCAUGCGUGUGUGCUUGUGUGUGCGUGUGUGCGCAUGUGUGUUUGUGUGCGUGUGUGUAUGCGUGUGUUUGUGCGUGCGUGUGUGUGCGUGUGCGCGCGCCCCCAGGCUCCUGAUCUACGGGGAGUACUGCAGCCACAUGGAACACGCCCAGAACACACUGAACCAGCUCCUCGCCAGCCGGGAGGACUUCAGACUGAAAGUCGAGGAAUGCACACUGAAGGUCCAGGACGGGAAGUUCAAGCUGCAGGACCUGCUGGUGGUGCCCAUGCAGAGGGUGCUCAAGUAUCACCUGCUCCUGAAGGAACUGCUGAGCCAUUCCACUGACCGGCCGGAGAGGCAGCAGCUGAAAGAAGCACUGGAGGCCAUGCAGGACUUGGCAAUGUACAUAAAUGAAGUUAAACGGGACAAGGAGACCCUGAAGAAAAUCAGCGAAUUCCAGAGUUCUAUAGAGAACUUGCAGGUGAAGCUGGAGGAGUUCGGGAGGCCGAAGAUCGACGGGGAGCUGAAGGUCCGGUCCAUAGUCAACCACACCAAGCAGGACAGGUACUUGUUCCUGUUUGACAAGGUGGUCAUCGUCUGCAAAAGGAGGGGCUACAGCUACGAGCUGAAGGAGGUCAUAGAGCUGCUGUGCCACAAGAUGACCGAUGACCCCAUGAACAACAAGGACAUCAAGAAGGUGCGCCCGGGCUUUCCGCAAAGCUUCUGCACCCAGAGCUUGAGCACCUACUGUGUGCAGCCUGGGCUAGAUGUGUGGGCCACGAGCCAAUGUGCUAACAAUCUCAGCUCGACUUUAGAGCGUUCAUCUGCAGACCUGGUGAGUCGCCCGGCCAUUCGCUCCCUGCUGGCCACGCACCCUGUGUGCCGGGAGCCACACGACCCCGUUGACCCAGCUCUCCGCACGGCCUCUGCGGUCGUGGGGGUCCUGGAAGCCUCUGGAGCGGGACCGGGUCCCAAGAUGGUGGCUGCACAGAAUUACCACGGCAACCCUGCGCCCCCCGGGAAGCCGGUGCUGACCUUCCAGACGGGCGACGUGAUCGAGCUGCUGAGGGGGGACCCCGAGUCCCAGUGGUGGGAGGGCCGGCUGCUGCAAACCAGGAAGUCAGGCUACUUCCCCAGCGCGUCGGUGAAGCCGUGCCCCGUGGAUGGAAGGCCACCCAUCGGCCGGCCACCGUCCCGGGAGAUGGACUACUCGGCCUACCCCUGGUUUGCAGGCAACAUGGAGCGGCAGCAGACGGACAACCUGCUCAAAUCCCACGCCAGCGGCACCUACCUGAUCAGGGAGAGGCCGGCGGAGGCCGAGCGCUUCGCCAUAAGCAUCAAGUUCAAUGACGAGGUGAAGCACAUCAAGGUGGUAGAGAAAGACAGCUGGAUCCACAUCACGGAAGCGAAGAAAUUUGAAAGCCUCUUGGAGUUGGUGGAGUAUUAUCAGAGCCACUCGCUCAAGGAGAGCUUCAAGCAGCUGGACACCACGCUCAAGUACCCCUACAAGUCUCGGGAGCGCGCGGCCUCCAAGGCCUCCAGCCGGUCUCCAGUGCUCGCGCCCCGCGUCGUCGGCACGGCGGUGGCCAGGUACAACUUUGCCGCCCGGGACAUGCGGGAGCUCUCGCUGCGGGAAGGCGACGUGGUGAAGAUCUACAGCCGCAUGGGCGCCUUCUGCACGCACCCAAGGCAGGGAGGCCGCCGGACCGAGAGCAGGGCCCGGGCGUCCUUGCUGGGCCGCUGCUGCCACAUUCCAAGGCCCCGCUGA